AUGGCGUCUGCUCAACUCCGACCCGUGCCCCAGCAACUGGCUAUCUUCAAGAACAAGGUCGCCAGCGAGACCCAGACCUUCUUCGUCAAGGAGCAGGGCGACAAGUUCGACGUCACGACCCUCGACGGGCUACGAUGGAUGAGUGUCGUCCCAGAAGCGGGCAGGAUAGUAUGGAAUGCCCGCAAGCACGUCAAGGAUGCUCAAGGCAAUAUCGUCUUCGACUUCAUCCAGAAGGGCUUCCCCCACCAAGCGACCACCUUCGCCGUAGUGGAAAAGAACAGCAAGAAGGAGCACAUGCGUCUCAAAAAGAAGUUUUCCCUCUUUCGUUUCAAAGCUCAGGGCAAAUUCACUACAAUUAGCGGCACCCCUGUCAAGCUCAUCAUGAAGGGCAACCGGUCAGGCCUCUCGAUCAACGUCACCGAUAAGUCGAGCGGCACAGUCGCCGGCCGCAUCGAGCGCUACGUACAAGACGCGACAUUGAAAAAGGUCAUGAAGGAGGCCAUGCCUGGCAGGCAGAAUUAUCUUGUCACGGUUGCGCCUGGUGUCGACCCGGCCCUGAUGGUGGCCAUGUGUAUCUAUAUGGAUGAGAUCAACGAGCAGUCCGGGACGAGGUAG